UCCGUACAGUCCGUGAAUGCAGCAUUGUUGUUGUCCUCCAUAUCUGUUUGAGUAGCUCAUUCAAGCAGCUCAAAGUCUCACUUCAUAACAUUUUCACCAGUGCAAGUACGCUUUUAACUAAAUAUUCACAUUAAUUGUUUCCUAUUCCGUGCGGUAGUUUUUAAAAAUAAUUCAAAAGGCUCGCAUUUGCUUCUUUUUCGACGUAAAAGCUAACAGCUAGCUUGUUCUGUUGUAGUUAAAGAGGAGAGGAGGCUGUCUCUCUGACAGCAUUCAGGUGAAGUUAUUUUUAACAACCACAUUUAAAACCCUGGUUGGAGCUUAUCACAGACAUGGCCACUCGAAUAGAGUGUAUAUUUUUUAGUGAGUUUCAUCCUACUCUGGGCCCAAAGAUAACCUACCAGGUUCCAGAGGAAUACAUUUCAAGAGAGUUAUUUGAUACUGUUCAAGUCUACAUUAUCACCAAACCAGAACUACAAAACAAAUUAAUUACAGUGACUGCGAUGGAUAAAAAGCUGAUUGGCUGCCCGGUGUGCAUCGAGCAUAAAAAGUAUAGUCGGAAUGCCCUUCUGUUUAACCUCGGUUUUGUUUGUGAUGCUCAGACCAACACGUGCGCCCUUGAACCAAUCGUCAAGAAGCUGUCUGGGUACCUCACAACUCUGGAGUUGGAAAGUGGAUUCAUAUCAAAAGAAGAGAGUAAGCAUAAACUCAUACCCAUCAUGUCGACCCUGCUAGAGGACCUUAACGCCACAGGAGCCUGCACCUUACCGAUUGAUGAUGCCAACACCAUCCAUCUAAAACUGAUCCAGCUCCGCAAGGACCCACCGAUAGUUCAAGAAUACGACGUUCCCGUUUUUACCCACUGCAAAGACCUUUAUAUCAAAUCUCAGUGGGAUCUCACCACUCAACAGAUUUUGCCGUACAUCGAUGGAUUCAGACACAUCCAGAAGAUUUCUGCUGAAGCAGAUGUGGAGCUGAAUCUCGUUCGUAUUGCUGUUCAGAAUCUUUUGUAUUAUGGAGUCGUGACAUUGGUGUCAAUAUUCCAGUACUCUAAUGUGUACUGCACAACCCCAAAAGUUCAGAGCCUUAUUGAUGACAAAUCCAUUCAGGAGGAAUGUCUCGGCUAUGUCACAAAGCACGGUCAGAAACGGGCCAGUCUGAGAGAUGUAUUCCAGCUGUACUGCGGUCUGAGCCCAGGAACCACAGUACGAGACCUUUGCUCCCGCUACUCUCAGCAGCUUCACAGGGUUGACGAGAGGAGACUAAUCCAGUUUGGACUGAUGAAGUCUCUCAUUCGCCGGCUGCAGAAGUAUCCAGUGAAGGUGAUUCGUGACGAGAGAAGCAGACCGCCUCGACUCUACACUGGUUGUCAUAGUUAUGAUGAGAUCUGCUGCAAAACAGGUAUUAGUUACAAGGAGCUGGAUGAACGUUUGGAAAACGACCCCAAUAUAGUUGUGUGCUGGAAGUGAUGCCUGAAAAAACAAAGAUGCCUCAACCAAAGGUGCCUUUGUUGAGAAAUGAUGUCUUUGAUUUAAUAAACCAAAUUGUUUCUGUCAUUGAAAAGCUCUAUUUGGUUAUACGUGAAUUUUAUCAGUAACUGACUGCUUCCUAUUUUGAUCAAGUUAUGAAGAAGACCUGUGAAUCGGUAACCUCAAACGAGUUUAAUUUGCUGCAUUUCUCACAUAAUUGUGUGUUCAUUAAAAAAAGUAGAAAAAAGG